UUUUAACUAAUUUGCAAGCAGACAUUAAUUGGUCCGAAAGUCGUCUUCCCCGCGCAGAACACUUGAGAGAGCCACGGCCUGGAGGAGGAGCCUGCCGAACCCAUCUCCUCGUUUGAUGAUGAAUUUGGUGCCCGGCGGAGAUGCAGUUAAGUCUCUGCAAUAAAGCCAUUGGCCUUCCCAAACGUUUGGAUUUGAUUAGAACUCUAUAUGACGGCGGACAAAGACUAACUCAUACCAACCUACUCAGAGCAUCCAUAUCUACUGCUCAGAACAAUUUCUACGUCUCCUCCGAAAGUACAGGCCUCUCAGGGAAUUCCCUAUCCUACUUUUCUUUGAUUCAACAAUGUGUAGAGAGAAAAUCCAUAGGAGACGUCAGAAUAAUUCAACCCCAUAUGUUGAAAUCUGGGGUUUCACAAUUGGGUUUAGGCAAUAGGCUCGUCGAUGCGUACCUCAAGUGCGGCGCCUCCACCGACGCUCGUAAAGUGUUCGAUGAAUUGCGUCGGAAACACAUAGUCAGCUGGAACUCAAUGAUUGCUUCUUACAUUGGCAAUGGAAGAAGUGAAGAAGCUAUUAAGCUUUAUGAGAGGCUGGUUUCAGAGGGAGUUUCUCCGGACGAGUAUACCUUCUCUAGCGUUUUUAAGGCAUUUUCCCUUCUUGGUCUUAUUUAUGAAGGCCGGAGAGCUCAUGGGUUGUCAGUGAUUUUGGGAUUAGAGGUUUCAAAUGUCUUUGUGGGUAGUGCUCUUGUUGAUAUGUAUGCAAAGUUUGGUAAAAUGAGAGAUGCUCGUAUGGUGUCAGAUCGAGUUCUGGAAAAAGAUGUUGUUUUGUAUACGGCUUUAGUUGUUGGUUACACUCAACAUGGCGAAGGUGGUGAAGCCCUAGAGGUUUUUGGAAACAUGAUCAAUGAGGGAAUACAUGCUAAUGAUUACACUUUUGCGAGCAUUUUGAUUACAUGUGGGAAUUUAGAGGAUUUAAGUAAAGGUAAAUUGGUACACGGUCUCAUCAUCAAGUCUGGUUUUGAAUCUGCUGUUGCUUCGCAAACUUCGCUUCUUACUAUGUAUUCUAAGUGUCACUUGAUUGAUGAUUCUUUGAAGGUUUUCAAGCAGUUUGUCAACCCAAACCAAGUAACUUGGACAUCUCUUAUAGUUGGACUUGUGCAAAAUGGUAGAGAAGAGAUCGCACUAUCAAAGUUCCGUCGCAUGAUUCGUAGUUCAAUACACCCUAAUUCAUUCACAUUAUCUAGCAUUCUCCGGGCAUGUUCUAGCCUUGCUAUGCUUGACCAAGGGGAACAAAUCCAUGCCAUAGUCAUCAAAUUUGGAUGGGAUGGAGAUACUUUUGCUGGUGCUGCACUCAUUGAUUUGUAUGGAAAAUGUGGUUGCAUAGAAAAUGCGAGGUUAGUUUUUGAUGGAUUGCUUGAAUUUGAUGUGGUGCCCGUGAAUUCCAUGAUCUAUUGUUAUGCACAGAAUGGUUAUGGAUGUGAAGCAAUAGAAGUAUUCAACAGGAUGAGGGAUUUGAGACUUGAGCCAAAUGAUGUGACAUUUGUGAGUGUUCUCUUAGCGUGCAACAAUGCCGGGUUAAUUGAAGAAGGCUGCCAAAUCUUUGCCUCAAUUAAAAAUAGUCACAAUAUUGAUCUGACGAGAGAUCACUAUGCUUGCAUGGUUGAUAUGCUGGGGCGUGCUGGAAGACUCAAGGAGGCUGAAAUGUUAAUAAAUGAAGUUGAAAAUCCAGAUGUGGUUCUAUGGAGGACACUGCUUAGUGCAUGUAGGAUUCACAGAGAGGUUAAGAUGGCAGAGAGAGUUAUGGAUAGAGUACUUGAGCAAGCACCGGGGGAUGAGGGGACUCAUGUUCUUCUGUCAAAUCUUUAUGCUUCAACUGGAAACUGGAGCCAGGUUGUUGAGAUCAAAAGCAUUAUGAGGGAGAUGAGAUUGAAAAAGGAUCCUGCAAUGAGUUGGGUUAUUGUAGAUACGGAGGUUCAUACUUUCAUGGCUGGCGAUUGGUCUCACCCUAGCUCCGUAGAGAUCAAUGGAACAUUAGAGGAAUUGAUUAUAAAGGUUAAGGAUUUGGGUUAUGUGCCUGAUACAAGAUAUGUGUUGCAGGACAUGGAUGAGCAGGAGAAAGAGAGGUCUUUGUAUUAUCACAGCGAGAAGCUAGCCAUAGCUUUUGCUCUGUGGAGGAGCAGUGGAAAGACUAACAGUGUCAGGGUUCUCAAGAACCUUAGAGUUUGUGGGGAUUGUCACACAUGGAUAAAAUUUGUCUCUAAAGUUGCUGGGAGGGAGAUAAUUGCUAGAGAUGCAAAGAGAUUUCAUCAUUUUAGCAAUGGUAUAUGUUCCUGUAAUGACUAUUGGUAAAUUUAUCCAUGUCCUUUUGGGACUGACAAGCUCCUCUUGCAUUUACCUGUUUCUGCUCCAGAAUCUGUGGAAACACAUCGAUCUGGAGGGUUGGUUGAUCCUGUAAUUCUAUGGCUUUUUUGUGGCCAAUAAAUCGACUAACAGUCAUGAAUUGCUGCUCAAAGGCUGAUCCAAAUGUGUGCGUUCCAAUAGUUGGUGGCAUCAUGAUGAAUUAAGAAGGUAUAUAUGGCAUAAGUUGCCAGUCAUUGUCUGCGCUAUACAAAAAGUUUUGGCUAAUCCAGCUCUGCUUUUUUUGGCACAAUUUCUGUUGAUUCUAAACUGCAAAAAAACUGAAAAUAAAGAGAAAAUGGUACAUUAUUGAUUAUUUCCUCUAUUAAUUUUCUUCAUUUGAUAAUUUGUAAGAUUACAUUAGAUGUCUAAUGGUGACACUACAUCUACAUUGGGAAGUAUAUAAUACACUGAGACACAAAGCGCUGAUUGAGUCAUUACUCAUGGAUACCUAAUUGGUGAUGCUAUGUAGUCAUGAGGAUUGAGGUAUGGAUCUGAAGCAGUUGUGGACCAGAGUAUUUUGAAGCCCUAAAGUGAGCCUUUUGAUUUGGGACUCUUUACAAUUUCCUCCCGGUCAAAGGCCCAAUACAAAAUCUUAUGAAGCUUUGAAUUGGCAAUUUUAACUAGGCGGGGUCUCUCUACUCCAUGCUCAAGUUAACUUAAAAGCUUCUUUUGGCUUUCCUAGGAGAGAGCAAACUGUUGCAGAGAUAUGUUUGGAAGUGAGCCCUGCUUCUUCAAUCUGAUCUUGAGGUGAUCCAUGUUCAAUGUACCUAUCAGGAAGCACCAUUGCCCUUAACUGAAAAGGAGCAAUAUGAGGAAUCAGAGUGCAGGAAAAAAAAUAUGAUAGGAAAAAUAGAGAAGAGAGGAUAAGGGUCUUCUUUACAGGUUCUUGAAAACCCAUAUCUUGAAGCAGAAUUACCUUUAAAGGUCCAUCUAGAAUACCAUUUAAGCUCAGGAAGUGAGAUACGUGAGAACCAAAACCUCCAAUGGAACCUUCCUCCACAGUAAUCAAGAUUUCAUGUUCUUUGGCCAAUCGCAUUAUGAGAUCUGCAUCCAAAGGUUUGCAGAACCGUGCAUCAGCCACUGUCACAGACAGGUUCUGUGAUUUGAGCAUAUUUGCAGCUUCAAUGCAAUGUCGAACUAUGGAUCCAUAUCCCAAAAUUGCAGCUCUGUUGCCUUCCAUCAGUAUUCUUCCCCUUCCAAUCUGUUAAACAACCAAGAAGACGAAAAGAUCAGUAUUCUGUUCUAUUUACUCACCCAAGUAUACCUGGAGUUGUAUACUUCUAUGCUAACCUCAAGUGGUAUUCCUUUGUUGUUAGGUGGAGGAAUUACUCCAACUCCAUUACCCCUUGGGAAUCUGAAGCAGCUUGGCCUAUCGUCAAUUGCUGCAGCUGUUGCAACCAUGUGCAUCAACUCUGCUUCAUCAGAUGGAGCCAUGACCACCAUGUUGGGCAAGCAAGCCAUGAAUGUGAUAUCAAAAGCUCCACAAUGGGUUGGUCCAUCUGCACCAACUAAACCAGCUCGAUCCAUUGCAAAGCGGACAGGAAUGAUGAGUAGAUUGCACAGAAUGGCUUGAGACCCUCUGUGGCUAAACCAGCUGCGAAUGUAACAGCAUGUUGCUCGGCAAUCCCCACAUCAAAGCAGCGGUCAGGAAAUCUAUUUUGGAAAUGGUUGAGUCCAGUUCCACCACCCAUUGCCGCAUGAAUAGCUACAAUCUUGUUAUCUAUCUCAGCUUCUUUCACUAGAGAUUCAGCAAAGUACUGGGUGUAUGAAAGCGUAGAAGACUUGGACUUGAACUGCUGGCCUGUUUUUGGAUCAAACUUCACAACGCCUAAAGGGAAGACAGAAUAAGGAUUCAGUAAAGAGGUUCUGUUAAUUUAUUGGAACCACAAAGCUGCAGUCUUACCAUGCAUUUUAUCAGCUGCUGCCUCUGCUGGUGGAUAGCCCUUCCCUUUCUCCGUUACUAUGUGUAUUAGAACUGGCCCUGGUGCUGGCAUUGUUUUCACUUCCUGUAAAAUGCUGACUAAAUCUUGGAUAUUGUGCCCAUCCAUUGGACCUAUAUAAUAUAAUCCCAACUCCUCAAAGAAAGUUGAUCC